GGUAAAGCAGUGUCGCACAGAAAGUGCUCCCGUACUGUUUGUGUGCACCCCAGAUCAAACUGUCAAACACAUUAACCUCUUGUUAUUAGCGAAUAUUAACUGCAACAUUGAAGCUCUUUAGUAUUGUGUGUGUAAUCACGAUUUAACGUUUAGAGAUGGCUUAAACUCAAUCAUGUGUUGAUGUUUGUUUUUAUUUAAACCAGAGGCAUGACUUCGCACUCGGGAGGCGGAGUGGGGCGCAUCCUAUGCAGUUGCCUAUAUACUUCGCGCAAGAGGUACAACGCCUACAUCCUACUGCUGUUCACCAUCAUUCUGACUAUCUUUGUCUUCACCGCUGUCAAAACUCAACUGCCUCUUGAGGACAGCAUGGAGAGACGUCUAGCGAUCAUGCAGUCCCGCAUAGAAUUCCUGGAAACCCUGUACCACUCAAGACAAGAGGAUAUUAUAAACAUACAGGGUAAGAUGAUGACGAGACAAGAUAGUGAAAAACCGCUCGCUGAACGUUUUGCUACUAUCGAAGGCAGUGCCGCCACAACGUUUACACCGGAAGUGCAAGCAUUGCUGAAGAACAUCAACGGAUCAAGGGCAGCUGCUGGUGCUCUUCAGAAGAACAGCCAAGCACUGAAGCUGCCUUUCGUAUACCACCUUCUGCCACACCUUAUGAACGACCAUAGCAGUCUCAGACCUGCUUUUCAUAUGAAGAGUGGACGGUUGUUUGCUGAUGUAGUGAUCGGCAUUCCAAGUGUUAAAAGGGACAAAGAGAAUUACCUCAUGAUAACGUUGUCACACUUGGUUAACGAAUUGAGUGUACAGGAUUUGAACUCUACUCUCAUAGUGGUCAUGAUCGGGGAGACUGACCUAGAAUACGUAAUCAGCACAGCCAGACAGAUUGAGAGCCAAUUUCCCAAAUUAGUGGAAAUUGGACUUAUUGAAGUGAUUUCGCCGUCACCUUCGUACUAUCCCGACUUUGAAACUUUGCCUGUAACUUUGGGCGAUUCACUAAAGAGAGUAAAGUGGAGGACUAAACAGAAUCUCGACACGAUAUACCUAAUGGCAUAUGCGCAGUCGAAGGGAGUUUACUAUUUGAUGCUGGAGGAUGACGUCAUCGCUAAGAAAAAUUACAUGCAAGAGAUGAAAGAGUUCGCAGCAGCCACCACUCUAUCGAGCCCCGACUGGUUUUUCAUAGAGUUCUGCCAGAUCGGAGGCAUUGGCAAGUUCUUCAAGUCUACCAACCUUGUGCACUUCAUAACGUACGUGCAGCUUUUCUACAACAACAUGCCUAUAGACUGGCUCCUCGAAAGCUACCUGGCUGACAAAGUGUGCACCAUUGAGAAGAACUCUAAAUCGUGCGUUGGUAAUAAAUUGACAGUCCGUCCCAGAUAUAAGACGUCGCUCUUUCAACACAUCGGCUUAUAUUCAUCGUUAAAAGGGAAAAUACAAAAAAUAAAGGAUUCACAUUUUGGUGAGGUGCCUACUUUCUACCCACAUCAAAACCCACCUCUUAAAACUAUCCGUUCUAAUAUAAAGGAACAAUUAGACCACAAAUUAAAGAAAGCUUACGAAGGACAAUCAUUCUAUUGGGGUCUCAAGCCCAAGGCCGGAGAUUACAUUGAAUUUUGGUUCAAGAAUCCGACUGCAUUAGAUAAAUACGUGUUUCGUAGCGGAAACGUCGAACACGUUUCGGACAAAUUCUACGACACUAACGUGGAAGUGUUGCCCGUGAACGAAAGUAAUUUCACUGUGGUGGGGAGGUUUGACGAGUUCGGUCUCGCUGAGAGCCAGCUCAGAAGAGACCUGGGGCCAUUGUCUGCUAUCAGACUGGUUGUUACCGCAGACAGUCAGUACUGGGUUAUCCUUAGCGAGAUUGAACUCAAACCAUUGGAGGACACUAGAUGACAAACAUUAAGAACAAUACUGAAGGGACGAUUACGGAAGAAACGUAAGCCAACGAGGGCGCGACCCCAUUAAAAACAUCAAAGUUUUAUGAUACAGAUUACUUUAAGUGGAAUCAUCCAAAGUUUUCCAAUAGCAUGUAAGAAACUAACUUUUUAGUUUGUAUACGCAUUUAAAUGUUCCUAAAGUUUCCAACACUUCUUAUAUUGCGCAAAUUGUUGCUAGAAAAAAGAACCUUAGCAAAGGUUUAUUUAUUUUUUAUUUAGUACUUACCGUUUACACAAAAGUAUUUUAACAUCACAUAAAUGCAAAAUAUAAUUUGGUAAAGUAGCCGUG